AUGGAUUCUUCUUCCGAGUUUCGCGAACUCGAGUCUCAAAGAGAUCGCCUCCAAAAGAAAAUCGAACUUGCAUCGAGAGAUAUCGUAAAAUUGAAAAGAGAGAAAGAUGAGGCGGAAGGGGAAAUGCGUAAAUUGAUGAGUUGCGAGAUGGUCCGACGAGAUCUUCAAAAAGAGAUAGAAGUAGCUGAAAAUGAGCUUGUAAAGACCUAUGCCUUGAAGGGGCCAGAUUACGUGGUUGAGAUACAAGAGGUGAUCGAGAAGGAUGAACGCGAGCUUAAGGAGAUGAAAGAUUCUUCCGCAACUAUUCGCGAGAAAGAACAAGCUCGUCUAGAUGUAGCACAAAUGGAGUCGUCGAAGUUACGCUGCGAACUGGAUGCCACCUCCUCGAGUAUAAGUGCGCUGAACCGUGAGAUAAGCAACAUUGAACGAAAGUUGAAAGAUGCAGCAGCGUCAACUAACGAGUAA